AUGGUCUACACACUCACCGUCCACCUCUACGCCAAGGACGAGCCCGAAGCGAUUGAGCGAAUCAAGCUUAAGCUCAUUGAAGCAUCGCGUGUCUACCGCAACGACAAGGAGACAGUCGACUGGAUUGUCAUGCAGGACGUCCACGACCCUCGAGCCUUUACGAUCGUCGAAAGAUUUGAGCAGGAAUCUUCCCAGAAAUACCAUCUCGAGAACCCGUAUUGGAAGACCUUCGAUCCUUAUGUUAUACCUUUGUUGGCCAAGCCAAUGGAUUUGAGACGCCACGAAGAGUUGGACAUUAGCAAGGAUGUUGUGGUUCCUCAAUAG